AACCGACUCCAUGAUUAUACGCGGAGCCUCGGCGGCAAACCCAUAACUAGCGUUACGUCAUCUUCGAUGAUGAGCAUCGUGCUGCAAAAACUCUUCAAAUCUCUCAUCAGCCCCUAAUUUUCGAUGAAUUUCCUUGUUGAACAGGAGACAAAUCUCAUUUUUUUCAAAUGGGUCUAUUUGUAGACCACUCGAAAGGUUCCUCCGUUGAGCUAUGGCCAUGAAGAACCAGACGAUCCUGAGCAAUCGCUGGAGGGCGCAAAGCGCGAGGUCUGACGACUGUACAUCUUCACGCUAUCGGCGCGGGCUACUGCUAUCAAGCUGAAGCUGUCGCCACUAAUUUAAAAUGCUCGCCCGUCCUCCCCUACGCGCAGCAACGCGUUGCUUUGCCCUCUCCUCGAUUCCUCUGCACGCUCGUGCAACGUCUUCGUUCGCGCUGGACAAGAAUAUCUUCAACCCUGCACUCUAUCAAAGAGUUCAAGAUGUCUGGCUCGGCGGAGUGAAUCCCAAUGGCGAAGAAGUCAACAUGGACCUCGUGCGCAUAUGGUUCAUGGGCACAUCAGACGAACGACUCGCCCUCGACAAGAAAUGCAGCGACAACUUCCUCAAUGCACUCGAUGCCAUUGGCCCUGCAAAGCUCGCUACACCGACCGCCGAGCCCUUUCUGUUCCAAUUGAGCUCGCUUGCAAAGAAUGAUUCGAAAGGCGAUGGCGCAGAAGCAGCUUCGGCAGCGCUGGGUAUCGCCAUCCUCCUCGACCAGAUGCCGCGCAACAUCUUCCGCACAAACGAAGGUCUUAUCAAGGUGUACACGCACUACGACAGGAUAUCGCAAGCAUUCAUUCGCACGCUCUUCUCGCCCGCGAGUCCUAUACCACGACCCGACCAGCAUCCACUCUGGCGCAAUUCGAUGGCGCAUAGGAUGUGGUUCUACAUGCCGCUGUGUCACUCGGAGGACGUCGAGGUGCACAAGCAGCUGGAUGAAUUGCUCGAUGAUCUGCAGGUCGAUUUGGAUGGCCAGGUCGGAUGCGCCGCGUCGAAGAAGUUGCUCGAGGGGCAGCUCAAGGCGGAGAGGAAGCACCGGGAAAUCAUCGAUAAGUUUGGAAGAUAUCCGCAUCGGAACGGCGCCCUGGGGCGGAAGAGCACAGAUGAAGAGAUCAAGUUCAUGUCAGAAGGCGGCGCGACAUUUGGAGUUGCGCAGGACAAAGAGAAGGAGAAGGAGGAGUUGUAGAUACUCAAUGUCAACCAUCUUACGAAGGAGCUCAUUUUCUUCAAAAGCUACCCUGACAAGAGGUCUUGGUUCAUCUUGCUACAAAUGUACAAGCGGUUUUCAGCAAGCAUGC